AUUGCCUGCAUUGCCGGGAACAGCAAAUCGAAACGAAAAACGGGGCCACCGGGUGAUAUCGCGCAUGGUUUGCGCAUUUAUGCGUGCUGUUGAACUCUUUUUGCCUGAGUUUUACCAGCCUGCGGUUUCCUGUAGUGCACUGUCAUGGAAGCCACGGACGAGGAAUCUGAUGCUCUUCUGGAGAAAGUGCGUCCAAACUCUGCUUCGAUGACGGCGAAAAAAAUACUCAAAGAAGACUUGGACUUGCACUACACAAACUUCUUCGCUAGGAGCACCGCUGACUAUAUCUUGGAGAGACUGGAAAAAGAAGUGGAGUAUUUUACGGGAGAGCUGCUCAAGAUCCAAGUCUACGGGAAGUGGCAUUCGAUUCCAAGGAAACAGGUUUCGUACGGAGAUCCGGGAACCUCUUACAGAUUUUCCGGCACGUGCCUGCCGGCGAAACAAUGGACUCCCCUCUUGCUGCGUUUGAGAGAUCUUGUCUCGCAGUUUGCAGGACACCACUUCAAUUUUGUACUCAUCAACAGGUACAACGAUGGUUCGGACCACAUCGGGGAACACAGAGACAAUGAAAAGGACCUCGACCAGAGUGCGCCAAUAGCAUCUCUGUCGUUUGGGCAGGCGCGGGACUUUGUGCUGAAGCAUGGCGACGCCCGGCGCAAGGUCCGUCACGUGGACCCCGUCAAGAUUAGUCUUGAGCACGGGAGCCUGCUGCUCAUGAACUCGCCGACUAACCAGUACUGGUAUCACUCGCUCCCGCCCCGGAAGUCCGCACUCAGCGUCAGGGUGAAUCUGACCUUUCGCUGUCUUCUUACAGGCACUUGAAAUACAGUGUUUUUGCUUCUGA